CGCUCUUAUUCAUAACAACCAACCAAAAAAGAGUUAAAAAAAAACUUACAUACAUCUGAAAUUUCAAGAUCUGAAGAAGAAGAAGAAGAGAUUGUUAUUAAGAUGUCAGGAAACUGUUCGGAGUCUAGUGGCUGUGUAGUUAAUGGUGGUGGCGGCGGCGAUGAAUUAGCAACAGGUGGAUUUAUGUUAUUUGGAGUAAGAGUACUUACAGAAGGAUCUUUUAGAAAGAGUGUUAGUCUGAAUAAUUUAUCACAAUAUGAACAAGUACAACAAGAAUUAGCAGCAGCUGAUCAAGAACAAAAUGUAGUACAUGCUACUGGUUAUGUUUCUGAUGAUGUUGCUGCACCAAGCCGCGAACGCAAAAGAGGGGUUCCAUGGACAGAAGAAGAACACAAAUUGUUCUUAUUAGGUUUACAGAAAGUAGGAAAAGGUGACUGGAGAGGAAUUUCAAGGAAUUUCGUGAAAACUAGAACUCCUACACAAGUUGCUAGUCAUGCUCAAAAGUAUUUUCUUCGACGAAAUAAUCUCAACCGGCGCCGGAGACGAUCUAGUCUCUUCGACAUCACUACAGAUACGUUUAUGGGAGAAGAAGAAAGCAGUACUGUUUGUCAUCAAGAGGAAAUGAAUAAAUUGGUGACUCUAGCAACUGGAAAUCUGCAGGUACAAGAAGCUUCUUCUUCGAAAAUUAUCCGGCCAAAACCGGUACUUCCAAUUCCACCACCAGCAUCACGGAUGACUAAUUUGAACUUAAAUGUAAAAUCCACAGUAAACCCAUCUUCUGUUUCUCUUAUAUUAUCAAGUAGUCCUCCUACUUCAUCAUCAUUCUCAACUACAUCUGAUUUAUCAAGGCAAUCUUCUUCAAGACAAAACUCUGCUUUCAAGAGUAUGUCCUCCACAGGCUGCUUCAGUUCCGGUGAUAACAACAGUGGAAAUAUUAUAAGUGUUGCUUAGUUGGAAUAAAAAAUGAUGAUGGUGGAUUCAUGAUGUUGUAAAGAGUAGAAUGGGAUUGGAAAAGAAGUGAUUAUUUCCUUGAAUGUAUAAAGAAAAUAGAAAUGGGUUGUUUCAUUGUUAAAGAUUCUAGUUGUCUGUUUGUCUGGCCAUUGUAAGUGAUUAUCAAUAUUAUUAUUAUGGGAUAAAAGAAGAGAAAAAGAAAGACCAUGGGUGUAGUCUACGUGCACUGUAUUAUUGCUUUUAUUGUUCCAUAUUGGUUUAGCGGUUGCUAGAAAAAAAAUAGUCCUAGAGCUAGUGUUUUAAGUCUUUGGUUGAGAAGUGGUACUGGUACUGCCACUGGUGGAGGUGGUGGUCCUGGUCACGGUGGAGGAACCGGGGGAGCUACAAAAGUAGUAAAUGUAAUGUUCAAAUUAUUAAUUAGUGCUUUGUUUUUUUGUA